GGCGCUCCAUUUUUUGAUGCGCCAAUAUGAUUCGGUGCUAGCACAGAAGGCAGAUCGGUGCUAGCACAAGAAGUCGAUAGUAGAAAGAUCUGAAAGGAUCUUGGAUCCACCUAGCAGUUCAUCAUGGAUCUUGAAGGAUAAGGAUCCGUCCUCUCUAUGAGUAGCAUAUUAAUACCGUAGCUUUUGCUGCAUGCCACUCGCACAGUAGAGCCAUUUCAUCGGUGUUUUUCUGCAUCUUCUGGAUAAAAAUUUUACGCCUUAUAAGUACUGAAAACACAAAAUAAUCAGGACCUCAUUAACCCUCUCACUCUCUAUUGCACCUUUGACAAGAACACAAGUACGCGCCCCCCCAGAAGAAUUUCCCCUGCGCGCGACACUUUUAGUGAGCUAACAUCGUCCCUAGUAGCAUUCUUUCCAACCAGAUGAAAAAUCCAACUUGAUAUGGGCAACGGACGCAGUGCGUGUACGGGUGACCAAGUAGACCACAGUACUACUUCUACAGCGAACGCAUCUGAAACAAGGGGCUACAGGUCCUCCGCAUCACAGUUGUUCAACAACUUCCAAAGCUUGUUUGACGCAGCACCAGUACAGGCGACAGGACCUCCGAGCCCCGACGCCCCCGUCGAGGACAUGUUGGACGAGAAAACCGGCGUUCGCAUACGGCGAAUCGCGGCCCGGAACGGCGGGCCGGUGGCUGCGACUGGCAGGCAGGAUGCGAAUUAUGGUGAUGCCGAAGUAGUAGCUCCAGGAAGUAGUGCAAGCACGGCUCCUUUCUCAAUCAAAACCCCGGUUCUCGACCAGAAAAAGCAGAACGCGGAGAAGAACAGCAAGAAAAGGAAGCCUUCGCCAAGUACUAGAGACAAUGAGGACAAUGCCAAUUCUGCCACGACCGGCGAUAAAAAUGGAGAUGAAAUAUCAAGUGGUAAAGCAGCGAAGAAACAGAAAGGGAAACAAGAGGCUGGUCCUAGUGCCGCUAGCACAGCGGCAACGUCUUCAAACAACUCCUCUGACCAAGACGUUCGGUUUGACCGGGUGAUUUUCCUGGGUACGAGUUCCGCUAUCCCGGUCCCGGGGAAAAGGAAUAUGUCCUCCAUGCUGAUCACCACCAACACGGGCUCUUCGAUGAUGGUCGACUGCGGCGAAGGGACGCAACACCAACUAAAGGUCUGCUCCCGGGCGAAGGCGAGCUCUCUCGACAUGAUCUGCAUCACACAUUUACAUGGGGACCACUGCUACGGGUUGUUCGGGCUGUUGUUAACGUGUGGGACAGACAUGAGGGUAAAUCCGCUGCUAAUCGUCGGGCCGGAAGGGGUAUAGAGUGGUUUUGACUUCGCUGUUUUAUUUUAUUUCUCAGCACGGCAGGUAAUUCCUCAGCACGGCUGGUUGUGGUUCAACUUCAAUUGCUUCGCUCUCCAUCAUCUCGUGCGCGCCCUCGGAAGACAUGUGUAUAAAGUUGUCAUACGAGAAGACCAUUGUCCCAAUCAUGGAAAACGAAAUCGCAAAAGGCAAUCAAUAAAAAAACAGAUCCACGACCUGGUGAUGAGCGUGUUCAAACACUCCGGCGGCUGGGCGGGUUACUACGACAUUCUCUUCAUUGAAAUUCCGAACGAGAAGCACAAAUUGAAAGAAGACGUGGACUUAUCGAAAAUGAUAGCUACCAGCUCCAACAACUCCAUUAAAACCCGGUUAACCGCCGUCCCGCUGGUUCACGGCAUGACGUGCUGGGGGUACUGUUUCCAAGAGCCCGACCGACCGGGGAAACUGGAUAUCAACAAGGCGAAGCAGUUAGGCGUUCCCGUCGGACCGUUGCUAGGGAAAUUGAAGAAGGGGGAGGAUGUGACUUUCAUCCCAAAAGCAGACAAGAAACACCCGGACAGCACUACUUCCGAACAUCAAAUGAUAACCGUCAAGGCUUCUGACUGUGUUUCGGAAACCAUCCCCGGCCGGAAGGUUUGCAUCCUUCAAGACAGCUCCGAUAGCAGUUACGCGGUCGCGAAUGGGAGUUUGAAAAACGCAGAUUUGUUUAUCCACGAAGCGACUUUGGAAGAGGCGAUGCGAGAAGAAUGUAUCGAGAAAGGACAUUCUACGCCGAAAAUGGCCGCGGAGUGGGCAAAUGAUUGCAGCGCGAAAAAAUUGGUGUUGACGCAUUUCUCCGCCAGGUACAAUGAAAGCACCAGUGCGAUGUUAGGGAGGACGAGACUCGGGAGGAUAUUAAACGUUGAUAAUAUCUCACCAGCGACAAUACCAGGAGGUCAUGGAGAACUACAAACAGACGCGCUUUGCUGCAGCACAGAAUCGUCACCCACGACGGAUGCACAAGAUGUUGAUCAAGAUUCUUGCAUCGUGAUCGACCCGGCGGACCAAAUAUUGGCGGCCGAGGCGCGGGAGGUGUUUGAAGGUGAGGAAGUGAUCGCGGCGAAGGAUUUUCUGAUGCUGGAUGGGCAGAACGGGUUUAAGGCUUGCCAGGAAUUGAUGGUAAAACGAAUGCCGUGGGGGAGACCGGUAGUUGACGAGGAAAAUGUUGUCAACCUCAACAGCGCUGCGGCAAAUAAACCUAAAAAUGCAGGGGCUGAUACCGCGAAAAGAAAAUGAAACUCAACAAAUAUAUACUCGCUCGUAAUAGCCGGCUCUCUGAACAACGGAUCAAACGACGCUUGUUGGCACGUCGCGAUGAAGCAGCGUGCUCAUAAUUUCGUCACUUCACAAUAUAGCUU